AUGUGUCACGUACAUCAUGGAAAUUUACUUUUCCCCAUAGAGCCUGUGGUUGAAGAUGACUCUCACAGUAGCUCUGGCCUAUCUGAAGAUGAGAAGCCCCCAUCAGAUCACCCAGAAGAUCACUACUCUGACCCAGAGCUAAAUCUAACCUGUUUUGUGCUCAUGUUAGAUGUGCUCUUCAAACAGAUGGAAGUACAGGAAAUUGAGAAACACCAAGGUGUAGAUGGCGCUGAUAGUAAAGUGGUUUCUAAGCUGUUGAAAGACAUGUUGAAUGCCCCCUGCAUGUCCCCACACACCUGUGAUGGAGAGAGGGAGUGUACAACAUGUGAAUUGACUACAGCCUUCUUCCAGCUCCAGAUGGAUGUUGUAGCCUUUUUAUGCCCUAGAGUAGCUAUCCAGAACAACAGGGUUGCUGAUAUCAUCCCACAAGAGAUGGACUCUUCACAAGCAAAUAAGAGUCCUGAGUUGUCCUCCCAGGAUCCUCCUACUGUAGCUUCCUCUCAGUCACCAAAGCCUGGUGCCCAUCCUCCUUCUAAGGAAGGAGGCCUGAUUUCCAUGAUGGUUAAUAUGCCACAGAUUGUAACUGCAACUGUAGAGACAGUCGGUGAACUCGACAUUGCCGCAAAUAUACCACAAGAGCAUGUGGUCAAAGCAGUAGCAAGAGCUGUGACACUAACUGAAGAAGAUGUUGCUCAUGCGACUGCAAAUGUUGCUCGUCCAAGUGUGGUAGAUGAGGAUGAUAAACCGAUUGACACAACUCAACAUAGUGAUGAGGAAUCUGACUCUUUCUGGGUUACCUCCCAGGGAAAAUUCAAAUUUAAAAUGGAAGAACUACCAUCUCACUUGCAAGUCAUAUACACCAUACUGAAGCGACUGGAAACAACAGAAGAUGGUGAUGUUGUUUAUCACAUGUGUGAAUGUCUGAAAUAUUUGGUGCUUCAUGGAGAAGCCAUGGCUCAUGCAGCAAAUGAGCAUAGAGGGUUUUUGAUUUGGUGUCAAGAAAAUAAGUCCAUCAAAAUCAUGUGGUCGCUGAUAGAAGCUGAAUGGUCACAUGUUGCUGAAGUCUGUGUUUCACUGCUGCUGCACUUUGUAACUUUACCAUGUGGUUCAGACAUAUUCUGGAAGUUAUGUGAAAACCAUUUCAAUCAUCAGGAUUGGAAAGUCCGAUUUCAAGCAGUUGAAAAGGUGGUGGUCAUCGGACGGUUUUUAGGGUUAUCUGCUGUACGACAGUGUCCAGGACUGCAGGCAGCAAUUGCUCAUGCAUUUUGCUUCCUCAUUGCAUCUUUAGAUGAUAUUAAUGUUGCAGUAGCUCAACGGGCUUCUCUUUACUUGACAACAUUACCAGACUGUGGCCUGCGAGCACUUUGUUGGUGCUUAGAACAACAGUUUGAUAGUGUUAUAAUGGACAGGCCUAUGAUCAUUCAGGCCCUGCAUCAGUUGAGCUCACGUCUUCCAGAUCGUAGAAUUUUGUCCUGGGAAUUCUUUUAUAAUCGAUUUGAUGCACUUUAUCUUGAAGCUCAGAUUGCACUUGAAAAAUAUGGAGACAUUGCAUUCCCAAGAGACCUGAAAAAUUCAGACAUGACAAGUGAUGUCUUUGAAAGAAAGUUAAGCAAAGCAAAGGAUGCUUUGACUUUGGUUCAGAGUGCAAGUGUUCGAACUCUCUCAGGAUCUCUUGGCACAAAAUGGCCAUACAAACGGACAAUGUCAGCACCAGCCAACAUGCUUAAUCGUGCAGUUGAGAAACAAGUGGAUAAAGGGAAGGAAAAAACAUAUCUCCGACAAGCCUCGGCGCCGUUGCUUAAAUGCAAGAAAUUUGGGCUUGGUCAGUUCAUAGGCUCAAACCAGUCCAAUCAUUUAGUCUCAGACUUUACUAUAAAGGGGCUUUGUACAAUGCCCUGUAAACUGUUUGAGGCUUACUUCAUUGACAAUGUACUUUGUAAAACUGAUGUUAGAAUUGAAUCACCAGUCAGUCAUAUCAAUAUUACAGAUGGAGGCAUGCGCUGCGGUGAUGAUGGCUCAGUUGUUCACCAACUGCAGCGUGCAAUGGACCUGGAGGAGACUGAUAAGGAUACUUUGCAUCUCCUGGUUUUUCUCUUCAUGCAGUUCCUGUCACAACCUCAACAUGUUGGAGGUAAUGAGGAUAAAGGAAGUGUAAAAGUGAUGAAUCUUGUCUUACGGCAUUUGUCAGUGCUAAUGGGCUUCAGUCCACAAGAGCGUUGUUUCUCCAUAUCACCAGCAAGACUCAGAUCAUCUCCAGUGUUCAAUGCUUUUCUGUCCAACUUGCCUCACGUCUUGGAUCAUAACUUCUGCAUGGGAAUAUCACUACUUCCUUCAUGUUUGCCAGUGCUGCAGUUCUGUGCUGCACCUCACAGAGUGGUUGACCUUCGCUAUCCAACAUUCAGUUUGUGGGGUCUCCAGCCUCAUGCAAGAAGAUGCUGGCUCAAAUCAGUUCUAACCCUCUUGUAUAAAUAUGAAUACAGUCAACACCCUCUAUCAGGACAAGCGCUAUCUUUGGUGCGUAUUGUUCUUAAUACCAUAGAAAAUCACUACCACCGCUGUAGGAAGGUUGAUGAUCCAACCAUGUGUGCAGCCAGUUCAGCAUACUCAAGAGAAGUGAGUCAAGGCUCGAUUGGUGGUAAUGAAGGGGAUCAUCCUGUAGAAUCUCCUCCCCUUUCACCUGGGGCUCACCCUGGGGGCCGCAUAACGCUCGUAACAGGAGGCCUUCAUGCAGACCCACGAGCUCAGUACUUUGCAGAGGCCAAGUCAGCUUUUGUUCCUGUUGGCCAGGAGUCCAAAAGUAUUCAAGCAUUGCAUGGUCAUCACAAAUCUGCAGCUGACGAGGGCAGAAAACAACGUAAAAACAACGAAUCUGUCCAGGGUGCGGACUGUGAUGAGGUAGAACCUGAGUUAGAAGCAAUACCAGAAAGUCCCAAAACUGACAGUCCUGUCUGCCAGGAAUCAUUGGGUGAGCUUGAAUCCUAUGAAAAUGUGAUCAAAGGAGAGAAGGCUGUAAUGUGUGUUGAGGAUAACCAUAGUACAAGAGGCUAUAUUAUUCAUCCUCCUUGUGCAAUGCAGACACCGGCAACUGCAACUGCUUCUGUUGUAGUUCCUCAGACAAUCCCCAUCAGAGCGCAAGUUGUCACCUCUGUCAUGGCUUCUCAGAUACAAGCUUUUGAUGAAUCUUUCACUGUAAAGAUUCAUAAUGCAGAAUUGGCAACAAUGAGCCCAGCUAUCCACGAUGAUGGAAAAAUCAUCAGUAGCAGCACACAAGGCAACAACAGUCAUAAUAGCAGUAACUGCCAGCAUAAAUGGAUACUUGGUGGAGAUGACUGCCAAGAAAUUGAUAGUGGAGAGAAAACCAAAGUAGCACAAGCCAAGCCCUUUACCAAGCCCAAAGUCCAGCGAGUGAAGACUGUUGACCUUGGGUUUUUAGGUCACUCAACAGGCUUGGACAACCAGCUGCAAAAAAUUAAUGGACGCGAUAUGAAGACCCUCUCAGUCGUCAGUGGUGAGAUUUCACCCAAGUCUCAUCGUCCUGUGAGUCAAAAAGCGACAGGGAAUGUGUUUCGACCUAUAGACAACCAAAAUCGCUCAACAGCAGAAACUCAAGAAGGUUCCAUGAGAGAACGUCUACUUCCUGUGGGAUUAGAGAGGUGUGGAACAAGUGACAGUGGAUGCACAAAGGGUACAUAUCUGGAGCCUAGGGUAAACAGGGCAGUGUUCAGUGAAGUACCCAAAUUGGAGCAUGUGGAAGCUACAGUCACAGAGACAAGUGUCUAUGAUCCCUCUGUUAUACAAGCGGUGAAUCAAGGGGAAACAAGAAGAGUUUCUGAGGAAAAGGAAGGAUCAAUUCACUCGGGCCACAUCCAUCACCAAUCACCUCAGUCUCCAUUGUCUAUGAUGGACCUCAUGACACUUGGUUCUCCAGUUGAACUUGAUGGUAUGACAAGUACAACAGAUUCCCCAAAUACCGAACUUGUGUCUCCUCCAGAAGUUCUGGAGUUGCCAUCCCGUGAGGUCCUCCUACCAGUUGGAGGAGGAAAGACCACUCCAAUAAAGAAGCAUGACGACCACCAGCCUGGGUCUAUUCUCGAGAAAGUGUGGCAGGCCUUAGGAGGCUGGACUAAUGGCAGCAAAAGCAACAACCAGAGCAGCAGCGAAUGUGAAUUGGUCGAAGUUGUUGCACAUAAAGAAGCUCAGAAACAAGGAAAAACAAAGCAAAAUAUGAAAAGCCAGAGGGUGCUCAUGGAUAAGCAGGAUCAGCUGAACACAUCAACAGAGGAAACCACAGACACUUCUAAUUCUGGAACAACUACAAAUAAUUCAGGUCCAGGCGAUACUUGUCCAAUUAAAAGUGGAAUGCGUGGCAAGAGUAAGCCAACAGCAGCUGAAACUGAAGAUGAAGUUUUGAAUGAUACCUAUAGAUGGAGUGACAGAAAUGAAAUGCCAUCUGUUCGUGGAGGUGUUACUAAUGGCAACCCGCCUGGAGCACCCCCACCCUCAUCUAUCAAGCAGUCAUAUUUGAGGGUUGGUGAGGACUGUAUGGUUUACAGAUGUAUGGAGUGCGGUGAAAUUUUAGAAGAAUUUUCCAAUGAUGAUCUUGGCUUAUGCAUAAUCAUCUUAUCAACAUUUGUGUAUCGCCAGCCAGGUUUGGCUGCACCACUGCUCCCCAGGAUGCUAAAGACUGUAGCCAGAGUUGCAGGUAGUGAGGUAUUUUCGUGGCAGUAUGAAAACUGUAUCCAUUUGCCAGGUUCUGCCACAAGUAUUGGUAGACAGUUUUUGCGUUGUGUCCUCCAUCAGCUUGCACCGAAUCAAAUAUUUAAUCAGAUAUUUUACACCAACGUUGAAGAGCAUCAGCGUCUGCAGCUUUUUAAAACUUUAGCACAGGCUUUGAUGGACUUCAAUGAACUAAAUCCCUCUGCUCCAAUUCAGCUUCUUCUGGAGACUCAAAAUGCCAAGAAAGUAUUGCCAACAGAGAAUCUUACUCAUCUGUUGGGAAAUGUUGCAUCAUACAUGGAAGGUGUUAUACAUGAUGGAGGGGGUGGCCUGUCCUCAAGUCUUGUGCCACUUUUUGACACUUUCCUAAGGAAGGUGCUGCUAUGUGUCAGUGAAUUACCUGAUUUGAAUCCAGUGCUGAGAGUCAUUGUUGCAACUCUGAAGAUUCCAGGAGUAUCAGCCCAUAAAAGUAUCUUAGAUCCUGUGUCCAAACUUGUCAGCCAUUCUAUUCAGAAUUCUACAAUUAAGUAUGACCAUUUGAGUGACCUCUGCUAUAUCUGCAACAGAAUCUUCUCAAGGGAAAGGGACAAGCUACUUCUUCCACGAUUGGUUGUGUAUGAGUUAGUACAAGCACUAAAGUUCAAGACUUCAAUCCCUGACACAAAUUUAGUGCUCCUUGUGCAGUUAGUUGUACAGGAUAGUGGAGGAACUCUUGGAAGCAACAGUGUUGUUGGAGAUCUUCCUAAAAAUGUUCAAGAUAUUCACAAUCUUCCAAAUACCUGUGCUGCUGAGUGCAUGCGAUCCCAUCUGCACGAUGCUCUAGAAUUCAUUGCUGAUGUUCAUACUUUGACAAAAGUCAAGUCCAACUGUCGCAGCAGUGUUGGUCUGAAUGAAGACACGAUGGGUGGUCUUGUGAAAGCAGGGAUUUCACAGUAUCUGGCACUUGAAAUCACUAGAGGGAACAGCAGAGACAACAGAGCCAUAGCAAAAUAUCUGCCUUGGCUAAACAAUCCACCAACAGCAGUUCAACAAGGGCCAAAGGAAUUUAUUGACUGUGUGUCACACAUUCGUCUGUUGUCAUGGUUACUGCUUGGUGCCCUGACACACACAUGCUUAGUUGGAAAUUUUGCCACUAUGGUAUGUCAGCCCAUUCCACCUGAAGCUUCAUGUCACAUUGCUGAUCACAUCCAGGUGAUCUUAGCCGGAUUUGCUGAACAGUCCAAGGCAUCAGUUCUUCACAUGUCUUCUCUGUUCCAUGCCUUUAUUUUGUGUCAGCUUUGGACCGUAUACCUAGAGCAAGGUGCUGGCAGCCCAGGCAGUGAUAGCUACAGCAGCAUUAGUGCCAUUCUGACAGACUUUUGGGCCAAAGUAACACCAGGCAUAUUGCAACUUGUCUCACACUCUAAAGUGUUGGGAGAAAUGGUAAACUUACACUUCCUUAGUCUGAUGGAAGCUCUUCAUGAGUGUCAGUCAACUGUUCUUACCAAGUUGCUGCCUCUUUGGGCCCCUGUCCUGUACACCCACCACAUUAAGUUGCCAGGUCAGUUGGCAGUUCGACUCCAGGUGUGCCAGAAUGCAGCUCCUCCCUUGGAUCAAGAGGUACCUGGUUGUACUACCACAGCUCCCAACCUACUUCGCUGGCUUCAUCGUUUGCAGUUUAAAAUGGGCCAAAUAGAAUUACAGUCUUCUGCUGCCACCCAGUUUUAUUCAGUUUAGAUGUAAAGUAUAUCACUCUCUUAUAACUAACUGGGUGUCUAAAACACAAAUGUUGAUCUGUUAAGAGUUUACACACACACACACACACACACACACACACACACACACACACACACACACACACACACACACACACACACACA